AAACCAAAAAACAUGAUAAGUUUGACCCUUCCUGUUUCCAGCUUUAUCUCUACACAACUACACACAAGUGUCUGUACAUAUAACUUAUAAGUGAAUGUAUCUUGAUUAACUGAAACUCAAACACCAUGUCAGUUCAUCUCUUGAAAUCCAGGAACGUGGUCUCUCAUUUCAGAUCAAAGCUGGGUUUCUUGGCCAUCACAAACCAGCCCACAUGUUGGAAUACUAAUUUAAAUCAUCAUUUUCACACUUGUUCAAGAAGUAUACUACAAAAUCUUGAAAGCCCACAUGAAUUUUUGUGUGAAAAUCGAAACUCUUUGUGUUUUCAUAGGUGGGAAUCAACCAUGGCAGAGAAGCAUUUGAAUGUCACUGAACAUGCUAUGGAUUACCCCGGAGGUAAAGUUAAAUUUACAUCAGAUAUGAGUUUUAUACCAGGCUCUCCUGAGGAACGAAUUCAUUGCUACAGAGUACUUGAUGAAGAUGGUCAUAUUAUUAGUUCUAGCAAUUUUAUAGAGAUUGGCAAAGAGGUUGCUGUGAAAAUGUAUAUGCAUAUGGUUACUCUUCAAGUUAUGGAUACCAUAUUCUAUGAAGCACAGAGGCAAGGAAGAAUUUCCUUUUACCUGACUUGUAUUGGUGAGGAAGCCAUCAACAUUGCAUCUGCAGCCGCUCUCAACUUCGAAGACCUUGUCUUCCCCCAGUACAGGGAACCUGGAGUUUUGCUUUGGAGGGGAUUUACCAUUCAAGAAUUCGCAAACCAAUUACUUGGAAACAAAGCUGAUUAUGGAAAAGGCAAGCAGAUGCCCAUCCAUUAUGGCUCAAACAAACAUAAUUAUGUUACUAUUUCAUCCACGGUUGGCACGCAAGUUCCCCAAGCUGUUGGCGCUGCAUAUUCGCUGAAGAUGGAUGGAAAGGAUGCAUGUACAAUCACUUAUUUUGGAGAUGGAGGCAGUAGUACAGCCGAUUUCCAUGCUGGUUUAAACUUUGCGGCAGUGAUGGAGGCCCCAGUUAUAUUUUUUUGCAGGAACAAUGGAUGGGCCAUCAGCACCCCUGUUGCAGACCAGUUUAGAAGUGAUGGUAUUGUUAGUAGAGGACAGGCAUAUGGAAUUCGUAGUAUCCGUGUGGAUGGACAUGAUGCAGUUGCUAUAUACACUGCUGUUCAUGAAGCACGUCAAAUGGCCAUAAAGGAAGGCGCACCGGUUCUCAUUGAGGCCCUUACCUACAGAGCAGGACACCAUUCCACUUCAGAUGACUCCACCAGAUAUCGUUCAGCCCGAGAAAUUGAAUGGUGGAGAGGCUCACAAGACCCUGUUUCUAGAUUUAGAAAAUAUAUUGAAAGGAAGGGUUGGUGGAGCAGUGAGGCAGAGUCAGAUCUUCGUGCCAACACUAGAAAGCAGAUCGCAGAGGCAGUACAAUUUGCAGAAAAAACGGAGAAACCCCCUGUUGCAGCCAUUUUCCAAGAUGUAUACGAUGUUGUCCCAUCGAACCUUAGGGAACAGGAGAAGUUGCUCAGAGAAACGAUCAGUAGACAUUCAAAAGAUUAUCCCUCUGAUGUACCUGUCUAAAAGUUGAUAUUAUUGAUGUAAGUGAACAAGCCUAAUGCAUAGAAAUAAAAAGUGUUCCAUUCUGUGUGUUUCCUGC